GGCGGGCGCAGGAGCGAUGGAGCUGAGCCAGCCGACCCCAGUUGGAAGCAUGUGAGGAGAGCCCCGGCACACCCCAGGAUUUUGUGCCCGGCGCUUGUCAUCCUCCUCACGGAACGGUGCACUCCUGAGAGGACCAGCUGGACUGAUUUGCUAGGGAGAGGGCGGGGAAGAGGCGGAGGCCAGGUGAGCGAGGAGCCCCUACCUAUCCGGACUGCCUGGUCGCGCCCUUGCCGGAUUCCUGCCCCCGCUCCCUGCUCAGGUGGGCGCGCCGAGUGCCCAGCUCACGAGGAGCGCUCUGAAGAGACCAGAAAGUCGCGGCCCGCCUGCGAGGGAUGCCGUUCGCCAAGCGCAUCGUGGAGCCGCAGUGGCUGUGCCGGCAGCGGCGCCCGGCGCCCGGCCCAGCGGAGGACGCGAGCGGAGGCAGCGCUGAGCCGCUGCCGCCUCCACAGCCGCCCGGCCGCUCGGAGGAGGCCGAGGCGCCGGCGCCGGAGGAGCCUCGCAGCGCGCCCCCCGCGCCUCCGGGGCUGCCGCCGCCGCCGCCAGCGGACCAGGCUCAGCCGUCGCCGGGAGAGGCGCCGGCGGCCGGCGACGAGAGCUCGCCGGGGGGCCCGGAGGCGGCGGCCGCUGCCUCUGGCGACGCGUCCUCGGCGGCGGCCGCGGCGGUGCUGCUCAUGCUGGACCUGUGCGCAGUCAGCAACGCCGCGCUGGCCCGCGUCCUCCGGCAGCUCUCCGACGUGGCCCGGCACGCGUGCAGCCUCUUCCAGGAGCUCGAGAGCGACAUUCAGCUCACCCACCGCCGCGUCUGGGCGCUUCAGGGCAAGCUGGGCGACGUGCAGCGGGUCCUGGGCACGCUGGACCCCAAGCAGGAGGCAGUGCCCGUCUCCAACCUGGAUGCGGAGAGUAAGCUGAGUGUGUACUACCGUGCGCCAUGGCAGCAGCAGAGAAACAUCUUUCUGCCAGCUACAAGGCCACCCUGCGUGGAGGAGCUGCACCGCCAUGCCAGGCAGAACCUGCAAGCCCUGCGCAGAGAGCACCGGAGCCGGAGUGAUCGCAGGGAGCAGAGAGCUGCUGCGCCGCUCUCCGUGGCUGCUCCUCCACUGCCGGCCUACCCUCCCACGCAUGGCCAGCGGAGGCGCGAGGGCAAGGAGCGCCACUUCCUCACGUUUGACAGCACCCGCUCGCCCUCCCCCACUGAGUGUUGUCACAUGGCCCCAUGGAGUAGAAAGUCCCAUCCUCCAGAGGAUGAAGAUACAGAUGUCAUGUUAGGGCAGAGGCCGAAGAACCCAAUACACAAUAUCCCCUCUACACUGGACAAGCAGACAAACUGGAGCAAGGCACUUCCUCUCCCAACGCCAGAGGAGAAGAUGAAACAGGAUGCCCAAGUGAUUUCUUCUUGCAUCAUCCCCAUCAAUGUCACGGGAGUCGGCUUUGACAGAGAAGCUAGUAUUCGCUGCUCUCUUGUUCACUCGCAGUCGGUCCUGCAGCGGAGACGCAAACUGAGGAGGAGGAAAACCAUCUCGGGCAUCCCCAGAAGAGUUCAGCAAGAAAUAGAUUCUGAUGAGUCACCCGUGGCCCGGGAAAGGAAUGUGAUUGUGCACACGAACCCAGACCCCGCCAACAGUGCCAACAGGAGGUCUGGCACCAGGGACUCGGAGUGCCAGACUGAGGAUAUUCUGAUUGCUGCCCCCUCGAGGAGGAGAAUCAGAGCUCAAAGGGGUCAGAGCAUCGCAGCUUCCCUCUCCCAUUCCGCUGGCAAUAUCUCUGCCCUGGCAGACAAGGGCGAUACCAUGUUUACCCCGACGGCAAGCAGCCGCACCAGAUCUCGGAGCCUUCCCCGGGAGGGCAACAGAGGCGGAGAUGCUGAACCCAAAGUUGGUGCUAACCCUUCGGCAUAUGAAGAGGGCGAGUCCUUCGUAGAGGACCAUGAGCGGACCCCAAAUGAUUGCAGUGAGGCUCCAGGCAGCCCAAGCGCCCCAGAACACCAACCCAAUUUGGGCUUGGCCUGCUCACCCCAUCUUCAUAGCCCCCAGCACAAAUUAAGUGAGCGAGGAAGGUCACGCUUGUCGCGAAUGGCUGCAGACUCCGGCAGCUGUGACAUCUCCUCCAACUCAGACACCUUGGGGAGCCCCAUCCACUGCAUGGCCACAGCUGGCGUCCUCCUCAGCAGCCACAUGGACCCAAAGGACGACCACCAGUCAUCCAGUGGCAACUGGAGUGGGAGCAGCUCCACAUGCCCCUCCCAGACCUCUGAGACCAUUCCCCCUGCAGCUUCUCCCCCGCUCACUGGCUCCUCGCACUGUGACUCGGAGUUGUCACUCAACACAGCCCCACAUGCUAGUGACGAGGCCAGCGUCUUUGUGACUGAGCAGUACAGUGAUCACCUGGACAAAGCGAGAGGCCACCGGGCAAACUCCUUCACCUCGACCGGGACAGAUCUGCUGGAUGACCCCAACCACGGCAACGCAAGUGACAGCGAGUGGAAUUACCUGCACCAUCAUCAUGAUGCCUCCUGCCGCAGGGACAUCAGUCCUGAGCGUCCCAAGGCAGACAGCCUUGGCUGCCCGAGCCUCACAAGCAUGGCCACGUAUGACAGCUUUCUGGAGAAGUCUCCGUCUGACAAAGCUGACACGAGCUCUCACUUUUCAGUGGACACAGAAGGGUACUAUACUUCCAUGCACUUUGACUGCGGCCUCAAAGGUAACAAGAGUUACGUGUGCCACUAUGCAGCCUUGGGCCCAGAGAAUGGCCAGGGCGUUGGGGUGCCUGCUGGCCUUCCGGACUGCACCUGGCAGGACUACUUAGACCAUAGGAGGCAGGGGAGACCAAGCAUCUCCUUCAGAAAGCCAAAGGCCAAGCCAACCCCACCGAAGCGGAGCUCCUCAUUGAGGAAGUCAGAUGGAAGUGCAGACAUGUCUGAGAAGAAAGAACCAAAGAGCAGCAGUGGCCAGCAUCUGCCUCACAGUUCCCGGGAAAUGAAGCUGCCUCUGGAUUUCUCCAGCCCGCCUUCUCACAUGGAGAACGCCUGUCUCCCCAGCAAGCAGGACCCUUCUUGGAUGAACCAGAGUGAGCCUGGGGUUAAGGAACCUCAGUUAGACACUUCAGAUAUGCCAGCAUUCAAAGAUGAAGGUGCUGAAUCAACACACUAUGCAGACCUCUGGCUUCUAAAUGACUUAAAAACAAAUGACCCCUAUCGGUCGUUGUCUAAUUCGAGCACGGCUACGGGUACCACGGUUGUUGAAUGCAUCAAAUCUCCCGAGAGCUCGGAAUCCCAAACGUCCCAAUCAGAAUCAAGAGCCACAACUCCAUCUCUUCCUUCUGUUGACAAUGAGUUCAAAUUGGCUUCCCCAGAAAAGCUGGCUGGGUUGGCAUCUCCAUCAAGUGGCUACUCAAGCCAGUCAGAAACACCCACAUCUUCUUUCCCUGCAGCUUUCUUUUCAGGCCCCUUGUCUCCUGGAGGGAGCAAGAGGAAGCCAAAAGUCCCAGAAAGGAAGUCCUCACUCCAGCAACCCUCGUUAAAAGAUGGAGCCCUGUCCCUGAGCAAAGAUCUUGAACUUCCAAUUAUACCUCCUACUCAUCUUGACCUAAGUGCUCUCCACAGUGUUUUGAACAAACCAUUCCACCACCGUCAUCCAUUACAUGCUUUUACUCAGAACAAGCAGAAUUCAGUAGGUGGAACCCUGAGGUCAAAUCCUCCCCCAUCCCUUGCAAUUACUCCGACAGUCCUGAAAUCUGUGAGCCUGAGGUCCAUCGGGAAGGCCGAAGAAGUUAAGCAAAAAGAAGGCAACAAUACAGAGCUCCCCUUCGUACAGGAAAAUGCUCUCACAAUAGCUGCCUUGUCUCCUGGAAAGAUCAGGCCGCCUACAGUGAAGAAAUCCGUGUCGCGCCAGUACUCCACCGAAGACACCAGCCUGUCCUUUUUAGACUCCCCUGCAAUCGAGAUGGGACCAGAGAAGCUACAGUUCGAAAAAAAACUUACUUUGGAUGUGAAGAAUCAUUGUGAUGCAGAAACCGUAACCUCGGCCGGUAGCAGUCUUCUCGAUUCGAAUGGCACAAAAGAGCACUUGCAGGUGGAGGGCGAGCCUGCUCCAGAAAACACACCGAGUCACAACGGUGGCUUUUCCGCUGAAGGGUUCCAGAAGGUCUCUGCCGCCCGGCCGACCGAUGUGGAUGGUAAACCAGUACACUGUGGAGCUAGCCCAGAACAGAUGCAGAAGGAAUCCCCUGCCCUCCGGGAAGAAGCAGCACAACCCGCUGGAGGGGAUGUAGUCACAUCUCAGGCCAGCUCACCAACUGCAGCAGCCGACAGAAGCAAUCAAGCCAAGUGUCAGCUCGGCAUGAGCCACCAUCACGACAAAGUGCCUGGGAAUAUCCGUUACGAAUCAGAGCUAGCAACUGUAAACUCAUUUCCUGAAAAAUGUUCCGAGCAGGAGAACACUGCUUCAGGUAUUUCUGCCAAAAGUGCCUCUGAUAACAGCAGAACAGAGCAGAGCCAAGGAACCAUGGACGAACCUUCACUGAAAGAAUCCUCACCGAGUGAUGACUCCAUCGUUUCACCACUUAGUGAAGACUCCCAGGCCGAAGCUGAGGGUGUGUUUGUGUCUCCAAACAAACCUCGCACGACUGAGGAUUUGUUCGCAGUCAUUCACAGAUCAAAGAGGAAAGUCCUUGGAAGGAAAGAUUCUGGAGACAUGUCGGUUCGAAGCAGAUCGAGAGCUCCUCUGGGAGGCCUUGGCGGCUGCGCUGCUUCUGGCUCGUCACCAGGCAGCAGCGGGACAACCCCGAACAGCCAGAGGUCUCCUGGUCUCAUCUAUCGAAAUGCCAAAAAGUCCAACACUUCGAGCGAAGAGUUCAAGCUGCUGCUCCUCAAGAAGGGCAGCCGCUCCGAUUCCAGCUACCGCAUGUCGGCGGCCGAGAUCCUCAGGAGCCCCGUGGUGCCCAAAGCCCCUGGCGAGCUCCAGCUGGAGUCCCCGCACUGCGGCGAGGACGCCCCGCACACGGCCCCCGGGGCCGAGGCCUUGUCCCCACUCUCCCCGUGCUCGCCGCGUAUCAAUGCCGAAGGCUUUUCUUCCAAGAACUUCACCAGCACAGCGUCAGCGAGGGUUGGGCGCUCCCGGGCCCCGCCGGCCGCCAGCAGCAGCCGCUACAGUGUGCGCUGCCGGCUGUACAACACGCCCAUGCAGGCCAUCUCGGAGGGCGAGACGGAGAACUCGGACGGCAGCCCGCAUGACGAUCGCUCCUCCCAGAGCUCCACAUAGGCUGCGGGCAAGCCCUUCCCUUCCUGUAGGAAAGGCUGGCAGGGAGGACUGGGGAGAGAUCCCCACAGGUUGGGGUGGCAUUGCAGCGUAGCGAGGCAUUGUUGAGUACGUGUUGAGGAAACCAAGUGUGUUGAGUGUUUUUGAUUUGUUUCCAUGGUUUAAGUAGCUGCACUGUCUUUCGGAGUUGUCUUGAGCUUAGUUGAUUUCCCCCAAUCUCAUUCCUUGUGACAAUAGAAAAGACCGAUCUGUCUGAUUUUCAUGAAAGCUAGACAAAGUUUUCCCAGAGCUGCCUGAUCAGAACAUGAAGCUGUCCCGGUCAUGGUCCCUUCAAGAAGAUGAAAUUACUCUGGAGGUUUGGUAUUUUUUUACAUUACAGUGAAAACUAAAGCAAAAUUUAGAAGAAAGAACUACACAUAUGUAAAUACCAUAUUUUUGAUAAAAAUCUAUAAAUAGAUUUAUCAAUGCUGAGUGGACAUGAGGCCAAUUAUCUGCCACACACCAACCGUUUAUACAACACACAAAAAUAAAGUAUAAUAAACUGUAUUCUGUGAAUACCAUUUUCAUAUCAACUACCAUAUUUAAAUGUCCACGAUAUGAUUUCUGAAUGAUAACCCUCGAACAGAAAUUCCAAAUUGGCGAAACAAAGGCAAGUCGUGUCGUGACCUGGAGCAAUUGGAUGUAAUGAAUUCAGAUAAUGUAUUUUUGUGGCAAAUCACAGCAUUAAACAAGUUACUAGCAGCUCGUGGCUGUGAUUUGCCAUGUGGUCAGUUGCACAGAAUGGAAAGCAUGCUUUUGAUUUCUUUUUGAAUCAGGGAGAGAAGUCAUCAUU